AUGAUCAUGCUUAAAGCCAGCGUAUUGGCUGUUGUUGCUGUUUGCAGUGUUCAAGCUGCAUCCAAACGUACCUCUUCUCUGAGUACAACCAAGUCUGGACUCUUGUCUUUGCCCGUGUCUCGAAAUCUGAAAUGCGGUCCAAAAGCCAAAACCGUUUGUCCAGGCAGUCUGUGCUGCUCCAAAAACGGUGUUUGCAGCAGGAGUGCUAGUGCGUGUGGCGUAGGCUGUCAGAAAAAGUACGGCCAUUGUGCAGCAAAGAAGGCAACCCAGCUUGGGGCUAGCUCCACUAAAGCUCAGAAGGGAGUUACAAAGAAAUCCGCUUUGAAAAAGUACACUUUAAAGAAGUCUACCGUUACUAAAAAGGCUGUUACUAAAAAGGCUGUUGCUAAAAAGGCUGUUGCUAAAAAGGCUGCUGCUAAAAAGACUACUGCUGCCCCAAAAAAGACUGCUGCUAAAAAGACUACUAAAAAGACUGCUGCUGCUCCAAAAAAGUCGGCUGCUAAAAAGGCUGUUGCUAAAAAGGCAAUUGCAAAAAAGGUGGCUUCUGUUCAAAAGGCUGCUCCCGCGACGAAACUUACGGACUGGACAAAAGUCCUGUCGAAAACUGGUCAAUGUGGACCAAAACAUGGCAGAUGCAAGGGAUCGCUAUGCUGCUCCGAGUACGGCUAUUGUGGAUCGGAUGUUUCGCACUGCGUAUCCCAAUGCAAUCCCUUGUAUGGUGAAUGUGGAAAAACCCUUAGCCCUGCUGUCAAGGCUCUGCUCACCAAGUCCGGAGAUAAAAGAUGUGGACGUCAAUACAACAAAGUGUGCUCGAAAGGAUUCUGUUGCUCGCGUGAUGGUCAAUGUGGAACUUCAACCUCUCAUUGCGGUAUUGGAUGCCAAGGCCUGUUUGGUAUCUGCAAGCCUCCGAUCACGAAGCUUCCAGCACCCGUUCCAGCCCAUCCCAGUCACAAGAAUUAUCUCGGAGCUCAUACCCGUUGCGUAAACCCUGGUCAGAUUGCCAUAACAUUCGAAGGAGGUACUGAUUCUGGUAACGUUCCAAAAGUUCUCGAUGCACUCAAGAGUGCUGGUGUUCGUGCAACAUUCUUUGUUAAUGGAUUCAACGCCAACAAUAUGCACUAUGAUGGAGCACGAAACAUUGUGAAGAGAAUCUAUAGCGAGGGCCAUCAAGUUGGAUCUGGAACUCUGUGCCAUUCCAAACUUUCCCAACUUUCGCCUCUUGAUAUUUCAUUGGAGAUGUCUAAUAAUGACUGGAUGAUUCAGCAAACAAUUGGCCUCAGUCCAGUCUACAUGCGAACCCCUCAUAAUGAACAAGGACCAAAGGUGAUCAAGCAGCUUGUUGGAAUGGGAUAUGUUGUCGUUUCGCAUAAUGUGGAUAGCGGUGACUCGGACAUUGACGGUGCAGGUAAUCCAGGUACACAGGCGGUCAUCGAAUUCGACAAGUCUAUUAGCCACCAUCGUGGGGCUAGUCCCAAGACUCAUUCGUUCAUCACGCUUCAUAAUGAGUGGGUUGAAAACGGCCAUUCUGGUAUUCAGGCAAUCGUUCAAAAGUAUCGUAAGCUCGGAUACACUUUUGUCACCGUUGGUGAGUGCCUGGGCCAACCUAAUCCCAAAAGCUGGUAUCGUGUUCGUGACUUCAAGAAACUGGCUUGA